AUGCUUACAGCAGUCAACACUCGGGCUUUAAUCCGCCCUUCCCUCUCCGCCUGUCUGUCCACCUCCGCCUCUAGCUCGUCAGCCGCCGCACCCCCGACUCGCCCAAGACGGCGGAGUGAACGUAGCGAAGGGUCUUCUGUUGGUGUAAAUCUCGUGGCUCCUCCUGACCCAGUCUCCAAUAUUCGCCCUAUAAUCUACGCCUCCAAACCUGCAACUCGCCCCUCUGCCAACUCGCCAUAUUCUGCUUCAGAAUUCCCGACAGGAAACUAUGGCGAUGCGAGACUUGACAACAUGGAAUUAGAAUGGCGUUUACGGAGGGAAAGGGUUGACUUGGCGAACCAUAGAUUCUGGGCGUCAACAAACCAGUCAUUUACUGCCCAACAAGAGCAUCGCUUAUCCCUACUCCCGCCCGCAUCCAAUCCUCCUUCAGCCGAAGACAUUCGCCUCCGCGAAGACUGCCUCACCCAAUUCUACGCCGACUGGCAAAUAGCCAAUCAGGACAGACAAAUACGAUGGGUGAAGGAAUGGUGGAGAGAAAUCUGGGAGGGACUAAAGAUCCAAGCAAAAUUGUAUGUGAUGAAAGGAGUGAAGAGGGGAUGA